AUGUUUGGCUACCAGUUCCUGAAUGGAUGUAAUCCUGUGCUGAUCCGGAGAUGCACAGAGAUACCCAAGAAGCUGCCUGUGACCAUGGAUAUGGUAGAAUGCAGUCUGGAGAGGAACCUGACACUGGAGGAGGAAGUGAAGCAAGGAAACAUUUUCAUAGUGGACUAUGAGCUGCUUGAUGGUGUGGAUGCCAAUAAAACAGACCCAUGCACGAUACAGUACUUGGCUGCACCCAUCUGUCUGCUGUAUAAGAAUCUGGAGAAAAAAGUUGUGCCCAUUGCGAUCCAGCUUGGUCAAAAGCCUGGACCAGACAAUCCCAUCUUCCUUCCUUCGGAUGCCACAUACGACUGGCUGCUGGCUAAAAUUUGGGUCCGCUCCGCUGAUUUCCACGUCCACCAGACAGUGACCCACCUCUUACGGACACACUUAGUCUCAGAGGUGUUCAGCAUAGCUAUGUUCCGGCAGCUGCCUGCUGUACAUCCCCUCUUCAAGCUCUUGGUUCCACAUAUGCGGUUCACAAUAGCCAUCAACACCAAAGCUCGAGAGCAGCUUAUCUGUGAAUGUGGCCUUUUUGACAAG